AUGAGGAUGUUCAAGAACAAGGGCAAGGAUGCAGCUGUCCUGCGGAGGCAGAGAAUGGAGGUGAGCAUAGAGCUGCGAAAAACCAGGAGGGAUGAGCUGAUCAUGAAGCGCAGGAAUAUUCAUUUCGAUGAGAGUGUCUCUGAAGAUGAUGAGGUGAGUGCUGAGUGGUCCUUGGAGGAAAUAGUCGAAGCUGUGAAUGGGAGCAACCCUGAGCUGCAGCUGCAGGCUACGCAGACCACCAGGAAAAUGCUGUCCAGGCGGAAGGACCCCCCUAUCAGUAAGAUCAUCGAGCUGGGGAUCGUCCCCAGACUGGUUGAGUUCCUGAGCUACGCUGACAAUGCUUCCCUGCAGUUUGAAGCCGCCUGGGCACUGACUAACAUCGCCUCUGGCACCUCUGACCACACCAGGGCGGUGGUGGAGGCAGGUGCCAUCCCGGCCUUCAUCUCCCUCCUGUCCUCCCCACACAUGCACAUCAGUGAGCAGGCUGUGUGGGCGCUGGGCAACAUCGCAGGUGAUGGUCCUCUCUACAGAGAUGCUGUUAUCAAUUAUGAUGCAAUUCCUCCCUUGCUGGCUCUGGUGUCACCUGCAACUCCAGAUCUUACACCUCCCUUGUGUUUUCAGGUUGGGUUCCUGAGGAACAUCACGUGGGCACUGUCAAACCUUUGCAGACACAGGAACCCCUCCCCUCCCCUGGAUGCAGUGAAGAAGAUACUGCCAGUCCUCAUCUGCCUCAUGGAACACGAGGACAAGAACAUCAUUUGUGACACCUGCUGGGCCAUUGCCUUUCUGGCUGAUGGCUCCAAUGAUCUCAUCCAAAUUGUGGUGGAUACAGGGAUUCUUCCAAGGCUGGUGGAAUUAAUGGCCAGCCCAGAGUUGAUCAUGCUGACUCCAGCUCUCCGUGCCGUUGGGAAUGUCGUCACAGGGACCGACGAGCAGACGCAGGCAGCUAUUGAUGCUGGUGUCUUGGCUGUCCUGCCCCCUCUCCUGCAACAUGCAAAGUCAAACAUACAGAAGGAAGCUGCCUGGAUGCUCAGUAACAUCGCGGCAGGACCGUGCUGGCAGAUCCAGCAACUCAUCACCUGUGGGUUGUUGCCACCGCUGGUGGACGUGCUCAGGAAGGGAGACUUCAAAGCGCAGAGGGAGGCUGUGUGGGUAGUAGCCAACUUCACAACAGGAGGAACUCUGGACCAGGUGGCUGAUCUUGUCGAGGCUGGGGUCCUCCGACCUCUGCUCAACCUCCUCUUGGCCAACGACAGCAAAACUAUCCUGGUCAUCCUGGAUACUAUUUCAAAUCUCUUCCUGGCAGCUGAGAAGGUGGGAGAGACAAAAAAGCUGUGUCUGCUGCUGGAAGAAUUGGAUGGUCUGGAGAAAAUUGAAGCCUUGCAAACCCACCAAAACAACAUAGUCUACCAAGCUGCGGUGAAAAUCAUAGAGAAAUACUUUUCUGGUGAGGAAAAUCCAGACCUGCAGCCUGGGACUGACGAGGAAGGACUAUACAACUUCUCAGUGGAGAAGCAAGACUUUGACUUCUGA